AUGGCGGACAGGGAUGAGAUGUUCUCACUCUCCACCUUCCACUCCCUCUCUCCUCCAGGCUGCAGGCCUGCCCAUGACAUCAGUCUGGAGGAGUUUGAUGAUGAGGAUCUGUCUGAAAUCACAGAUGACUGUGGAAUAGGACUCAACUACGACUCUGAUCCAUACGAGAAGGACUGUCUGAUUCUGGAGAAGAGCGAUAUUCACCACCAGGUCUGCUCCUUCCAGGAUGACUUCCAGGAGUUUGAGAUGAUCGAUGACGAGGAUGAGGAAGAUGAGGAUGAAGAGGUGGACCCUGACGCUCCACCCUCCCCCUCCGCUUCCCUUCCUCCUUCCCCUACCCUGGGCACGCUGAAGAGCCGGCCCACCACCCUUAACCUCACCACCACUCUCUCUCUCUCUCAGGACUCAUUGAACAACAACAGCAGUCUUUCUCCAAAGAAGGGCAGCUGGCAGCACUCUCUACGCAAGCCCACCUCACAAGGCCGUCUGUCUCCAGCCCACUCUUGUCUGGAAGAUGGGAGCCACGUGACAGGCCAGUGCCCUUCCCAAACAGCCCCCCAGGCCCCAGCGUCCCAGAGCAAAGGUACCCCCUCCAAACAGGCAGGGGAUGGUGGCCACCCCCAGUCCCCUCGCAGGCCCCUCUGCGACAUGGAUGGCUCCUUCGGUCAACACAAGUCUCACCUGGGCUCUGACGAGGUCAUUAACUCCUCAGCCGACCACGAGGUCGACCACGACCUCAACAACGCUGACCACAACCACAAAAGUUCACGGUCCUGCAUGUCCACCCAGCGACGUCCCACCGACACCUACACGGUCAAUACUAAGUCAGGCCUGGACCUGGAACUGGAAAACGACCCAGACGGGACCAGCCGAUGCCUGUCCUCCACUGCUCCCAUUGGGGGAAAUGACGGAGCUGACACCCCUCUGUCAGGUGAGGAGCUGGAGAAAGAUUUUGACGUAGAGUUCAUGUGUAAGGAGACCUAUGACAUGGCAUGUAAGGAGAACCAGAGCUCAGUCUACGUUGAGUUCCCCUCCAUCGAGCCCUGUGAGCUGGCUUCUUUCUCCAGCUAUAUGCCAUCAAGCCGCUCCGAUGUUCUCGACCAAUCCAGAAGCACUGACCAGAGCGAGCUUCCAGCUACAGCCAAUGAGGCGGCCAAUGACUCCACCUCUCCGUCCUCGGACCCUGGCAUCGCUGACAUGAACGCCAAGCGGUGCUACGCUACCUCAGACCAAGAGCAUGACCUGAGCUCUCCCGGGUCAGAAUCAGACAUUGAGGGGGAGCUGGAGGCAGCGUUUGCCUGCGGAGGACCCCUGGUCUCCAAUAUGAUCUCCUCCAUCUCAGAGACAGAGCUGGAUAUGACCAGUGAUGACAGUAGUAGUGGACGCUCCUCCCACCUCACCAACUCCAUCGAGGAGGCCAGCUCACCCACCUCCGACCAGGAACUGGGCCCUGACAACGAGUUAGAACAGGACAGCAGCAUUGUGGGAAUGAAGGUAUCGCUCCUCCUUGGCCACCCAGACCCCAUCAAAGCCCUGCCCACACCCCCGCGCUGUGAGGACAGAAUCUCCAAACAGAUGGUACUCCAGAUAGAACCCGACCACAGCCUGGAGAGCUUCAAACGCUCCUUCUACCUGCCAGUGGGACCCAGACUUAUACCCACUCACGCUGACGACUACGACGUUAACAGUGAGGGAGAGUCCGAGUCGGAGAGCGAGGACGAGCUGAGCGAGAAUUCAGACUCACCCUGGUUGCUUAACAACCUGGUGAACAAGAUGAUCUUGGAGGGGUCUUAUCCAAUUAGCUGUCCCGAGGACUGUUUCAAGAGGUCAGUGUCCGUCUCGGACACCAUCUCACCUUCCUCAGACAUCGAGCCAGACACGUUCACCGACGCUGCGGGUGAAAAAAUGCUGAAAUCUGGGACGAAGGAAUCGAAGGAUAAAAAAGGUAAGGGUCUGAGGAAGGAGUGGAAGGAGAGAGAGAAGAUGGAGAAGAGUGCAGAGCUGCCCAAAUGGAAUACAGGGAAAGCCAACGAUCGAUUUGGCCCCUGUCUGUACAAGAGCAAUCCCACAGCUGACACCAUCAGACCGGUGAUCGUGGAGCGUUAUGGCAACAGGGUAUCCACAGACAACAAUCACACUCAGGACUCUGAGAAAGAAAUCACCAGCCCUAAAUCAGGCAAAAACACCAAGAGGAAGGAUGAAAAAGAGGAUGAUGAUGAUACUGUGGAGCCCAAUAACGACCUGAUGAUGCUGGAGGAGAGGAAGGAGCUGGACCCUCCCAGUCUGAGUGAGAGCGUGGCGAUUGACAAGGACGAGGGCCGCGAGACAGAGGCCAAGCCCACCGGACGUUCUACGGCCUCCCUGGAACGCAUCACCACGGUCAAACACAGCAUGACCCUGGACAUCCCCACAGCCCAGACCAACCGAUGCUUCAGCCUCACCUACUCCACUGACAACGAUGAGGAAGAGGGAGACUCCUCCCCGUUCCUGAGCUGCCUGAGGAAGCAGUCAUCCUACGACCUCCCUCUGCGGUCCCAGCCGGAUGACGACGGUCUGGCAUACGACUCUAUGAAGUACACUCUGGUGGUGGAUGAGAACACUACACUGGAGCUGGUCAGCCUCAGGAGAUGUACCUCUGUGCUGAGUGAUGACAGUGAGCUGUCUACACUGUGUGAUGAUGACCCUCUGGGGAUGGGGGAGGUGGGGUACUUCCGGGGGAACGGAGGGGUGCGGCCAGAACUCCUCAGCUCGUCAGAAGACUCCUCACCUGAGGCUGACAUGCACUUCUCCAAGAAGUUCCUCAACGUGUUUGUCAACAGCACCUCACGAUCCUCUAGUACAGAGUCAUUUGGGCUGUUCUCCUGUACCAUCAACGGAGAGGAGAGGGACCAGACACACAGGGCUGUAUACAGGUUUAUCCCUAGACAUGUGGAUGAGUUGGAGCUGGAUGUGGACGACCCUCUGUAUGUCGAGGAGGAGGAGGAUGACUACUGGUACAGAGGCUACAACAUGCGGACGGGAGAGAUGGGGAUAUUCCCUGCCUUCUAUGCCCAUGAGGUCAUAGGGCAGUUCAAGGAGAUAAUGGGAGUGAAGAGGAACCCAGCCUGGAUGGACAGUUUCAGCGUUCAGUUCCUGGGUUCUGUGGAGGUGCCCUAUCACCAAGGCAAUGGUAUCCUCUGUGCCGCCAUGCAGAAGAUUGCGAUAGCGCGGAAGCGGACGGUCCAUGUGAGACCCCCCUCUCUGUGUGAGCUGGAGAUUAGUUUACAAGGGGUUAAACUGGUGAUGAGCCUGGAGGACGAAUAUGACACUUUGGAUGAGUUUGACAGAUGUAGUCACUUCUUCCAGAUGAAGAACAUCUCUUUCUGUGGAUGCCAUCCCAAAAACAAUUGCUACUUUGGCUUCAUUACUAAACACCCCAUGCUGAACAGGUUCGCAUGCCACGUCUUUGUCUCCCAGGAGUCAAUGCGGCGUGUGGCCGAGAGUGUUGGACGGGCUUUCCAGGAGUAUUACCAGGAGCACCUGGAGUACGCCUGCCCCACCGAAGACAUCUACCUGGAGUAG